AUGCAGGCCACCAACCCAGAGCUUCCUCGCAAGAUCAAAUCUCUCCCAUCCUCGGCCUUCGCCCGCCUCUCCCAGACGCUUAUCACCGCCAAUGCUCUUCAUACCGAUAAGGCCACCACCUUUGCGGCGACGACUACGCGUACUUUCCAUGCUCGGAACAGGGCAGUCAAGCUUGGAUUGGCUAUUGACACGGUCAAGGCCUACAAUUGCCCUCACCACAAAGUGUCUUAUGUUCCGCUUCCUAUUAUUGAGCAGGAGGUCAUCGAGCCUGCCAUUCUUCCCAUGCCCAAACAGAAGAAGCGGCGACCUGUUCUUCGCCUCGACAUCCCGCAAGACAUUCCUGUCAAUGUCAACCGAGCCAGCGCUCUAUACAGCAUCAUCGACCUCGUCUCCCCACUCCCAUCCAUUCCAGCAGUUAACGUUGUCGACAAGCGUUCCGGACCUUUGUGCGGGGUCUUGCCAUGGAAUGGCUAUACUGGCCAAGGCGUCAACAUCCAGGAUCUGGCGGACCCAGACUUCCUUAUCCCUACCCGGGAGGCACCGGCUCGGGUCAUCCCACAACCUAUCUUGAUGCUCGAAUUGGACGAUGAGUCAGACGGUCUGGAACUGGGGUAUCCUGAAGACGACAAUGAUUCAACCAAGACUUCGCCUGCUAUGUCGGUCGAAACAGACUCUCCUUCCGCCUCGAGUGGGCCGAGCACCCCUUCGGAUGUGGAAAUGUCAGACACCUCUUCUGUCUCUUCAUCUGGCGGAAAGCGGAAGAUGAACAACGACUAUGACGGCGAGCUUGACAUCGUCUUCGAGAAACGACCCAAGUACGCUCGAAAGCCAUGGACACGAGCUACGGACUCCGCGCCACACAAAGGUGUGGUGUGCUAG